AUUUAUUUCUUCAGUGGAAACCACUGUGUUGAAAUGACAAAAGGGAUUAUUCAUCUAUUCAAGGAAGACAAAAAGACUCCGAUCGACAGCUCAAAUCGGUCGCUCAUGCUCUGCAUGUUGGCCGUGCCGACCUACGUCCCUCUGCACGACUUGCUUCAGUUCAUGUCACCCUUCUCGCCCCAAAUAGAACACAUACGAGUGAUACGGGACUCGAAACCCAGUGCUUACAUGGUUUUGCUCAAGUUCCGGUCUCAGAAGGCGACAGACGAAUUCUUCGGGAGUUUCAACGGAAAAGCUUUCAAUUCGAUCGAGGGUGAUAUCUGUCAUUUGGUCUACGUAGCUAAGGUAGAGGUGAUCAAAGGAGAAGACGACGAGAGGAGUGCAGAUGUUCCUCUGACCGGUCAUACUGAGCUCCCCACGUGUCCGGUUUGCUUGGAGAGGAUGGACGAGAGUAUCGAAGGCAUUCUCACGAUCUUGUGCAAUCACUCGUUCCACGAUGUCUGUCUGGCGAAAUGGCAAGGAGAUUCGACAUGUCCGGUUUGCAGGUAUACUCAGACACCUCAGCAAGACGCUGGAAACUGUUGUCAGACUUGCGGAGCUACAGAGAACCUGUGGAUUUGUUUGGUUUGCGGCCACAUCGGUUGCGGACGUUAUGUGUCGGGACACGCCCAUACGCACUUCACUGAAACGGCGCACACGUACGCUAUGCAAGUCGAGAACGGUUCCGUUUGGGAUUACGCUGGCGAUAACUACGUGCAUAGACUGGUGCAGAACAAAACAGAUGGCAAGCUGGUUCAAUUGGAGACGCAGAGCGAAGGCAUGGACGAGAAAGUGGACUCCGUUCAAUUGGAAUACACGUACAUGCUGACCUCGCAGCUGGAGAAGCAGAGACGCUUCUUCGAGGACGCACUAGAGCAACAGGCGAAGGACACGCUCCGACAGAUCAACGAACUCAAAGAGAAGACGAGAAUAGCUAUCGAUGAGAGAAAGGAGCUCGAAAGCAAGAUGACACAGGUGACGAAGGAGCGUGACUCGCUACGGAAGAAGCUGGACACGGUGUCCUCACAGUGUACGAAACUUAAGAAGGAUCUCGCCGAAGAAAAAGAGUUGAGUUCCUGUCUGCUGCAGGAUCAGCGGAAGUGGCAAACGAGGAUGGAUCAGAUUUCUUCACAGAUGUCGAAGUCGAAAGAUGAAUCCGACGCAAGGAUUCGGGAUCUCGAGGAGCAGCUGCGCGAUGUGAUGUUCUUCCUGGAAGCAAAGUCGAAGAUCGACAAGCAGCCCGACGAGCUUCGUGAGGAACUGCAGGAAGCCAGUAUCGUCGUACCCAGGAGUCCGGCUCCGGAGGGUCCGGGGGCGCGAGCUCGGAGCCGCAAAAAGAAAUAAUAUCUUCGUUGUGGCUUUUUAAAUCGAGUCUCAUCGGACUUCGCCUUGUUGAGAGUUCAGGGAAGAACAGAUGAACCAUGU